AUGAACAUUUAUAAUAAUACUCCAUUAAUAUUACAAGGUAUGAUUGCAGGAAGACGAACACAACUACUUAUCGAUUCUGGAGCAUCGCUCACAUUAAUUAAUCUUCAAUUCUUUCGACGAUUGCCACGGUAUUAUCGUCAAAGAGCAUAUCCCCCUCCAUCCAAUUUAUGUCUUCAAUUGGCGGAUAGAUCACAACUCGAUGUUAAAUAUGCAUUAUCACUCCCAAUAACCAUCUCCAACUCAACUCGUGUACAAAAAGUCUACGUGGUCCCAAAAUUAUGGCGUUCGUGUAUUAUUGGUAAUGAUUUAAUACGUGAACACAAUCUUCAAAUAGAUGGUGGACAACAAUAUGCAUACUUCAAAGCGAAGAAAAAAAAUACACAGCUGCAACAGGAAAGAAAAGAAACAAUUAAGAACGAUGAUGAAUAUGUGUUGAUUGCCAAUGAGCGUGUCAAGAUUUCACCAUUUCAUGCAUUUAACAUUGAAGUUAAACCAAAUAAACCAUUCUCAAUUAUAGAAGAAGAUGACAGAGAUGAAUAUGAAGUAUCAUCAAUGAAAGAAACUCCACGUGUAGCCAACGGCAUUAUUACACCAUGUGAACACAUGACACUGCAGGUGGCUAAUCUAACGGAAAGAACGAUUAUGAUCUAUAAAAAUCAGCCGCUGGCGACAAUGACUCGUCUUAAUCAAAUUCAAUUAAAUAUGAUGCAAUAUGGAACAAUAUCAUCAGCAACAAAACAAACGACGUCAAAAACAGACAGUGAUGUAAGUUUAAUCAACACUGAUUUAGACGAACAACAAAAAGAACAAAUAAAACAACUUAUUCAGCAAUUUCCGGAUGUGUUUAACGAACAACCAGGAAGAACAAAAAAAACACAACAUCAAAUUAAUUUAGUUCCCGGGGCACAGCCGUUUAAUUCACCACCAUUUCGUUAUGCACCAACAAGAAAGCAAAUAAUCGAGCAGAACAUAAAAGAAAUGUUAGAUCAAGGGAUUAUUUCACCAUCAACAAGUCCAUGGGCAUCACCCGUUAUAUUAGUUCCAAAGAAAGAUGGAAACUUACGUUUCUGUAUCGAUUAUCGAAAAUUAAAUGCUGUAACAAUUCGUGAUGCAUACCCCCUUCCAAGAAUAGAUGAUACAUUAGAUUCAUUACGACAAGCGAAAUUUGUAUCAACACUCGAUUUACGCUCCGGAUACUGGCAAGUGGAAAUGAAUCAAGAUUCAAGAAAGAAGACCGCCUUUGUAACACAUAAAGGUUUAUUUGAAUUUAAUGUUAUGCCAUUCGGAUUAACUAAUGCUCCAGCAACAUUCCAACGAUUAAUGGACAUAGUGUUAGCCGGUCUCAAGUGGCAAUGCUGUCUCGUUUACAUCGACGAUGUGGUAAUUUUCUCAGCAACAUUCGAACAACAUGUGAAAGAUUUAGAAAAAGUAUUCCAAGCUCUUCAAUCAGCAAAUCUGACUUUGAAAACAUCAAAAUGUCAAUUCUGCCGUCGAGAAAUGCGUUACUUGGGACACAUUAUCACUCAGAAUGGCAUUAAACCAGAUCCAGAUUUAAUUAAAUCAGUGACAAACUUUCCUCAACCGAAAAAGAUCAAAGAUGUUCAAUCAUUUCUUGGUUUAACCGGUUAUUACCGUCGAUUCAUCAAAGAUUACUCAAAAAUAGCCGAACCAUUAUUACAACAGUUGCGAAACUGUCAAAAAGGCAAUCAUCAUUUAAAAUGGUCAAAAGAAUGCAC